AGGAGACAUAUCAUUACCAUAUGAUCGACUGUGGGUGUCAGCAGCCUGGAUUCUGUUCAUAGAGGGAAACCUUACUUUUUUAACUGUGCUAUGGAAUAGAAGCAGGAGGUUUUUCCACCAAGUGACAGUCACUGAGCAGUAACCUACCCCUCCUCCUUUCCACACCUGCACAGUCUUCUGCCUGGCUUGAAUCUUUUCACUUAAUUGCAUCUCAGUUCUGGGGGCGCCUGUUGCAAAUCCCUGGAUUAAAAGAUUCACUGCUGUUCUCCUGAAUAGAUGAACUAAACCAUGAAGGUGGCUGUCCUUUUCCUUCUACUUCUGCCACUUUGUUUGGCCAAGCCAUUCCAUCAAAAAGGCUUGUUUGACUUUAUGCUUGAAGAUGAAGCAGGUUCUGGAACUCCUGAACUUCCUGGACCAUAUCCUCCAAUACCAGUAUGUCCAUUCCGCUGUCAAUGCCAUCUUCGAGUUGUGCAAUGUUCUGAUUUAGGCCUUACUCAAGUUCCAAAAGAUCUUCCCUCAGAUACUACCCUACUGGACCUACAGAACAAUAAAAUUACUGAAAUAAAGGAUGGAGAUUUCAAAAAUUUGAAGGAUCUUCAUGCAUUGAUCCUCGUUAACAACAAAAUCAGCAAAAUCAGCUCUGGAGCUUUUGCUCCACUCAAGAAACUGGAGAGACUUUACCUUUCCAAAAACAACUUGAAAGAACUUCCAGAAAACAUGCCCAAAAGUUUGCAGGAGUUACGGGCACAUGAAAAUGAUAUCAACAAACUAAGGAAAGUUGUCUUUGGUGGACUAAUUAAUAUGAUUGUCGUAGAACUAGGCACCAAUCCAUUAAAAAGCUCAGGUAUAGAAAAUGGAGCCUUUCAAGGAAUGAAGAGACUCUCCUACAUCCGCAUUUCAGAUACCAAUAUAACUAGCAUUCCUAAAGGUCUUCCCACAUCUCUGACAGAACUUCAUCUUGAUGGCAACAAAAUCAACAAAAUUGAUGCGGAUAGUCUAAAUGGACUCAACAAUUUGGCUAAGCUUGGCCUCAGUGACAAUAACAUUGCUAGUGUGGAUAAUGGCUCUUUAGCCAAUGUGCCACAUUUGAGAGAACUCCAUUUAAACAGCAAUGAACUUUCCAAAAUACCCGCUGGGCUGGGAGAACACAAAUACAUACAGGUUGUCUACCUUCAUAACAACAAAAUUGCUGCCGUUGGCCCGAAUGAUUUUUGUCCUCCUGGAUACAACACCAAAAAGGCUGCUUAUUCAGGAGUGAGCCUGUUUAGUAAUCCUGUGCAGUACUGGGAAAUCCAGCCAUCCUCUUUCCGAUGUAUCUAUGAACGAUCUGUAAUACAACUUGGAAAUUACAAAUAGAUGCACAGAUGUGUUUCCGUUAUAAAUACCUGUUGCCUGUUAAAAUUGUUGCUAACUAUUAAAGCCAAAUACUGGAGACUUAACUGCAGAGUGGAUAUCAUUAUAUAUGUAAAAGACCUUACCAAUCAUUUCCAGACAAAAUUUCUGAAUUUACUUUGUUUUUACUUCAUUGCCAGCAUGUGGUAUAUUUCUGUGGUAUCUCUCAAUUAGCUGGGCACAAUAGAGUUCAAUAUUCCACCGUGCAUGACAUUUGGGGUAAAUAUUUGUCAAGCUAUUCAUAAUUAGAAAUUAUAUAAAUAGUGUUCUUUACAUCAACAGAAAGAAAGUACUUGGAGGAAAAAGAGAUGAAGCUUUCAGUUAUUGGGAAAAAUAAUCAACUGAAGCCUUAAUCAAAACUCAUUGAUCUAAAUAUUACUUGCUACAUUUUUAAAGCCUAGUGUAGGUACUGAUGUAUCUUACGUAUAGCAUAAGCAAUAUAAAAAUGUUGCUUUUGUUAAUAUUUUUGGUUAACAUACCCUCUUAAUAUAUGCAGAUUUUCUUUUCUAAAUAUGUUUUAAGUUUUUACAGAUAAUUCUAUGCAGGAUUAGGAAUACAGUGUACAGCACAAAAGACAUUAUUAUUGUAUCCUGGUUGCUGUUAUUUCUGGAUUAGAACAGCUAAUUUCUAGAGGAGCGAUUUGUCUCUCCUUGUUUGCAUGACCACUUCUGUUGGCCAUACUCCAACAAGCAAUCUCCCCAAACAAUUCCCAUUCAUUUCAGCAUCUGCAACAAAAACUUAAUGGCUUGUGACAGUGAAACAACAGGCAUAUGUAAAUUAAGCAGGAGUUAGCCUACUACAUUAAUUCAUUGCUCUUAAUACAAAAAAAGUACUACAUCUGAAAUAGAACAAUGCAUAUCCAGAUACUCUUUCAACUACAUUUGAGUUUUAACAACAUUUUCAAAUACAAUACAGAGGGAUAUGCAGGUUAUCUGUUUAGCAAUGACUAGAAUUACAUUUGGGAACAAGGGAACAUCAGCUGGCCAGAACUAGAAAACCAUGUUUAGAAGUUGUCUUUUUUAGAAACCUGAAAGCAAAUCUUCUAUAUACAUCUCUAUAACUGGCUUUAGUUUGUAGCAAGCAUAUCAAAAGAAGCCUCUACAUUUCUGGGAUCACUGUCUUCAAAUUUAAUUGUAUAUCUUUCCACAUGUCACAUUAAAGACAAGUUUGGAUACCUCUUAAUUGUCCAAAAUACAGUAUUUUCAAUGUAUGUUUGUUUUUAUAUUAAACAGUACUGGCAAACUCCAAAA